AUGGAAAAGCAGCAUGCAGGCGCAGAAGGCAACCUCAACCUCACCGACAACGGCAAGGCGAACAUGCCAGCCGACAAGGACGUGGAAGUAAACGAGAACAUUGAUACCGCCGUAGGGGCGUCCACGAACAAUGCGGCGGUUGAUCCCGCCGUUGAGCGACGCCUGAAGAGAAAGUUGGACUUGAUCAUCAUCCCUACCAUGGCCGUGACCUAUCUGUUCAAUUCCCUGGAUCGCAGCAACCUCUCCAAUGCGCAUACCGCCGGCCUCGUCCAGGACCUGCACCUGGCCAGUGACCAGUUCAAUCAGGCCCUCACGUAUUACUUCAUCCCUUUUUGCCUCUGUGGGCCGCCUGCGGGCAUGCUCAGCAAACAGUUCUCGGCCAAGUAUUCCAUCCCUGUGAUGAUGCUCGGCUUCGGGGCGGCUUCCCUGGCGACAUCGUUUGUCCACAACUUUGGCCAGCUGGUGGCCUGUCGAUGCAUUGUUGGGGUCUUCGAAGCGGGCUUUCUGACCACGGUCGUCUACUAUCUGUCCAUGUUUUACACUCGCCGCGAAAUCGCCUCUCGCAUCGGCAUCUUCUACGCCGCCCUGGUGGCCUCGUCCGCCUUUGGGGGUCUGAUCUCGUACGGCGUCUUCCAGCUGCACACGGACCACUAUGAAUGGUUUUACCUGUUCAUCAUUGAGGGCUCGUUGACCAUGUUUUUCGCAGUAUUCACCUUUUUCAUCGUGCCGCGUAACAUACGAAGCUGCAGGUUCCUGACCGAGGCCGAGAAGAACGUCGCCGAAAUUCGCAUCCUUGCCGAAUCCGCCCAGGCACUGGAGAACAAAUUUAGCUGGAGGGAGGCAGUGGGCGAAUUCAGAACCAUACAUCCAUAUGUCCGGAUCAUCGUCGCCGUCACCUAUUCGACCUUGCUGACAUCCAACAACAACUUCCUGGCUAUCAUCGUCGGCCGGCUGGGGUACGAUACGGUCAAGACCAACCUGUAUACAGUGGCACCUGCUUUGGUUGCAACCGUCUUCCUGGUAGCUGCGACCUUUUCGUCGGACCACUUCCUGGAACGCGGAAUGCACAUGGUCAUCUCGCUGCUAAUCAGCGUUAUCGGCUACUCCCUGCUCAUAACAGUCAACCUGGACAAUAUUGGCCUGACGUAUUUCGCCAUCUUCAUGACUACUGUUGGAGCAUACCCGAUGUCUCCUAUCAAUAACGCCUGGAUCGUCUCCAAUAUCCCGAAUCUCAACGCCCGCGCCUUUACCAGUGCCAUGCUCAUCUCCAUUGCCAACACUGCUGGACUCAUCUCUAGCAACAUCUUCAUCGCGAACGAAGCGCCGCGCUAUGUUACGUCGUGCUGGGUCAACCUCGGUGCCGCUAUCUUGUGUCUCGUCACAUGUGCUUCGUACUCGGCAUGGAUGAGGUGGGAAAACCGCAGAAGAAACCGCGUCCAGGGCCUGCCCUCCCGCGAGCAUCAGCAAUAUGUGACGUGUGGCGUCACGGGCACUAAUGAUCCUAGGUUUCGUUUCUGUCCAUGA